AUGGGGGCGAUGUCGCCGCGCACGCUGCUCCUGCUGCUGGCGGCCGCCCUGGCCCCGACCCUGACCCGCGCGGGCUCGCACUCGCUGCGGUAUUUUCGCACCAUCGUGUCCCGGCCCGGCCUCGGGGAGCCCCGGUUCAUUAUCGUCGGCUACGUGGACGACACGCAGUUCGUGCGCUACGACAGCGACGCGGAGACUCCGAGGAUGGAGCCGCGGGCGCCGUGGAUCGAGAAGGAGGGGCCGGAGUAUUGGGAGAGGGAGACAAGGAAAGUAAAGGUCUGGGAGAAGGAAUUCCGAGAGAACCUGAAGAACUUGCUCGGCUACUACAGCCAGAGCGAGAAUGGCUCUCACACCAUCCAGCAUACGUAUGGCUGUCACGUGUGCUCGUGGUUGGACGGUCGCUUCUACCGUGGAUACAGUCAAGUCGCCUACGACGGCCGCGAUUACAUCGCCCUGAACGACGACCUGAAGAUGUGGACGGCAGCGGACACGGCGGCGCAGAUCUCCCGGCGAAAGCUGGAGAAGAUUGGUGCUGCAGAGAGACACAAGGCCUACCUGGAGAACAAGUGCGUGGAGUCUCUGCUCAGACACCUGAAGAACGGGAAGGACACAUUGCUGCGCACAGAUCCCCCAAAGGCACAUGUGACCCACCAUCCUGGACCUAAAGGUGAUGUCACCCUGAGGUGCUGGGUCAUGGGCUUCUAUCCUGCCUUCAUCACCCUGAGCUGGCAGAGGGAGGAGGAGGAACAGACUCAGGACACAAAGCUGGUGGAGACCAGACCUUCUGGAGAUGGAACCUUCCAGAAGUGGGCAUCCCUGGUGGUGCCUUCUGGAGAGGAGCACAAAUACACAUGCCAUGUGUACCAUGAGGGGCUUAGGCAGCCCCUCACCCUGAGAUGGGAGCCUCCCAUCCACAUCGCGGCUCCCAUCACGGCAAUCCUUGUCGUUCUGGUUCUCCCUGGAACUGUGACCGUCAUUGUAGCUGUGGUAGCUGUUGUAAGGAAGAGGAGGAGAAACACAGGUGGAAAAUGAAUGGAAUAUGUUCCAGCUCCAGUGUGAAGACAGCUGCCUGGUGUGGAUGGAGUGACAUCCAGAGCCCCUCAGUUCAUUCUCAGCAAUAGUGUCUGAUGUUCCCUGUGAUCCUAUGGGUUUCAUGUGAAGAACUGGAGAGCCCAGCCCACCCCUGCACACCAGGACGCUGUCCCUGCACUGCUCUGUUCCCUUCCACAGCCAACCUUCCUGUUCCUGCAGACAGGAGCUGCCCUGAGCUGUAGCCCUGACUUCCCCACUGAAAUUAAGAAUCUGAAUGUUGCCAGGUGAUGGUGCACACACCUUUAAUCCCAGCACUCGGGAGGCAGAGGCAGGUGGAUCUCUGUGAGUUCAAGGCCAGCAUGGUCUACAGAGUUCCAAGACAGCCUGGGAUAUAUAGCG